AUGGCUGUGCUCUGGGGAAGCUGGUGUGUUCUGGGAUCAACAAACAGAUUCUUCUUUGCUGGAGACACAGGAUACUGUGAAGCAUUCAAACAGAUAGGGAGGAAGCAUGGACCCUUUGACUUGGCCGCCAUUCCUAUAGGGGCGUACUGUCCUAGGUGGUUCAUGGCGCCCCAACACGUGGACCCGGCGCAGGCUGUGGACAUCCACUGUGAUGUGAAGGCCAGAUAUACCCUGGGGAUCCACUGGGGAACAUACCACAUGGGAUCCACUGAGCCUAUAUUUGAACCACCAGAAAAAUUUGCUGAGUCAGCAAAACAGAAAGGACUCAAGGAGGGAGAAGUCUUUGUUUUGAAGCAUGGAGAAGUAAAACUGAUAGAAAAGGACUAAAGUUGAUAAAAAUGGAAUAGAAAAGAAAGAAAAUGUGAUAUUGUGCAGUAAAUACCAGUUAAGACUUUACCAAGUAUUAUGUUGAUGACAGGUUUGUAUACACUAGUUUAAAACAAAAUCAGUGCCAUUGGUAAGUUGACAGGAAGAGAGAAUUUAAUUUUUUAAAACUUUAUUGAGUGCAAAUUUUUAAGGAUGCUUAUAAAGUGUGUGUUACAAAAUGACAAUAACCCAGCAUUGUUACUUAUCGUGUAUCACUUAUUUAUUGACAGUAGCAUUUUAUUGCUGCAUUGUCAGGGUUUUUCAUCAAUUUACCAUUCAUUAUCUUAGGAGCUUGGAGGUUUUUCUGGGAUAUGCUCCAGAAAAGAAAUACUCAUAAGCAUUAAAUUAUUAUUCAUGAAACUUCUAUUUAUUCAAACCACUGUUGCAAAUAAAAGCAUGUUGUGAAGGCAGUGGUGGUGGAAAUUUGUAAAACAUUUUAAAAAUAUUUUUAAAAAUAUAUAAUUUUUAAAGUAAAAUAUCACUUCAAAGGCCUGGAAUGGUACAAAGCUAUAUUAAUCUCAUUUUGCUGUUUGGCUUAUGAGCCAACGACUGUUGUCUAGAUUUGAAAAUUAAUUUAUCAAUUUUAAGUAAAAUGAAUGUGUUCUAUUAAUGGUAAAAAUACGUAGCACAAUACAGGUACGCACAUAAACAGAUAGCAUGAAAUAGUUUAACGAUAUAGUUUAUAUAUCUGUAUAUAUCGGUAAGGAACCAUACUCUGUUAUGAUUGAUAACCAAAGGAAGUGAUCUGUUGUCACAUGACUUGAUACGUGUAUGUACUUUACCAACUCUUGUCUCUAUAGUUAUUUCCACAGGACUUACAUGUAACUAUAUUUAAAGAGACCAUAAAUAUAGAAAAGGGUCUUAACUGUCUUAGUAUUAUUUGCGAAACUUUACUUAUUCAAGACCAGGAGUUUUUAAGCGUUGUGAUGUGUUAUUCAGUGUUUCAAGAACUCUGUAUGAGUGUGUUUCCUAUUUUUACUUAUGUAAAGACGCUCAUGUUUAUGAAUAUGUGCACGCAGUUGCGCGUGUGUGUGAAGUUUGUUGUGUCGUCAUGGUGUUAUGUAAUAAAGAUACAGCCAAAUUG